GUUUCCUUUGCUGAUCCUGGAUCCUGAAGCCACAAAAUGAGAAUGGGAAUAGGAGUGUGAGAAUGGCCCAUAUCAUUGCCACUCAGAAAUCUGACUGGGUCUCUUUUAAUGAUGACCUAAUUCUACAAGGUGCUGCUAAGCAGGACCAAAGCAGCCACCUCCCAAAUAAGUUUUCGGACCAAGAGAAAUCUCAUCUGAGCCUACACAGUUCUUCUGAGAAUGAGAUCAAGCCUACAGAAGCUGACCAUAUGGUUUCUGACCAUGUAAAUGCAUUGCAGGAUCAUCUGAAUUUGGGUUUGUCUACUUGGGUUCAGUUUGAAGAGUCACUUCCUCCUGUUCCCAAGGAAAAUGCAAAAACAGAAUCCUCUGUCGGAGCACCGGACCAGAGAUGGUUUGAUCAGAACCCCUCAGGAAGGUCCCCUCUGCCCUCACAGAGCAGCUCAGAGGUCUACGUUGAGGAUAUCAGCAUAGUAAGCAUUGGGCCACAGACAGAUCCCUGCUCUAUUCAGACAGAUGAUGCUCCCAGUGAGAUUGCCUCUGGCACUGGCUCAGCAGACAAUUCUUCUUCUUUUCAAGAGGAUGAGGACUUAGAUAUGGAAAAUCUUGGCUGGCCCGUUAAUAGUUUCACUAUCAAUGGGCAUACCGACUCACCAACAAAGUCUAAAUUUCCUAAUUGGGUCACCUUUGAAGAUGAGAUUGCACCUUCUCAAAAAGAUUCCACUCAGAAACUACUGGAAAGUCCAACAUCCACCUUAAAAAAAAGGGAACGGCCUAAGAGUUCAUUGGUUGAUUUCCAGAGAACACAGAGACUUGAUUUUACAUCAUUACACAGGCAAAGUUCUUUAAAUUCCCCUCCCACAAAAACUAACCCAUUUCAUGAUGAGACAUUAAAACAUGUCCUACCCUCCCCAAUUAAUCCCUUCAGUUCUUAUUUUGAAAAACAAGAAAAACGUUCUCAGUGCUCCUCUGUAUCCAGUGAUCAGGAAUCAUGCCAAAUAAAUUUCACUUCUCUUCUUUCUGAAGAACUUGAUACUGAACAAUUUGAGGACUAUCGGAAAAAAAGUUUACAAGCUGAUGCUGUAGAGUGCCUCAAGCAAAUCCGACUGGAAGACCCAGAUUCACCCGGUAGUCCAACUUUGCCAGAUGAUCCUUUAAAAGAUGAUGAUUCAAUUGGUAUUUCUUUAAGCUUCACUAAACCUCAGCCGGAAGAUGGUUGGCCAAUGAUGCUUAGAAUACCAGAGAAGAAAAAUAUCAUGUCUUCCAGACAUUGGGGUCCCAUAUAUGUCAAGGUUACAGAAUCUGGUAUGCUACAACUUUUCUAUGAAAAGGGUCUGGAGAAACCAUUUAGAGAAUAUAAACUAGAGCAAAAUCAUGAGAUAUUAGAACCGAAACUCCAGAAUUAUGAUGAGAAUGGGAGGAUUCACACUGUUAGGAUUGAUAAAGUUAUAUACCGAGAAAAACGGAAAUACCAACCUAUGCCUUUGGUCACUCACACGGGAGAAAGGGAACAGGUAGUCAAGCUAGGUACAACAGACUAUUCUGACUUUAUAAGUAUGAUUGCUAACAUUCAAGAUAUUUUGUUUAUGCUACCAGUCACAAUAGAUCUUAGCACUGUGCACCAAAAUUACACUGAAGAAGAGAUCACUGUGGAUGUUAGAGAUGAAUUUCAUGGAAUCGUGGGAAAGGGAGAUAACAAACUCAUUUUUCAUUCCGUAGUCACUCAUAUAUAUAUUCUUAGUUUCAUCUCAGGAAUGGCUGACUGUAGGAUGGGUCUUAAUGACAUCCUUAUUAAAGGAAAUGAAGUUGUUGCCAGAAAUGACAUCAUGCCAACAACAACAACCAAGUGGGUGCAACUUCAUGAAUGCAAAUUCCAUGCGACUGUAGAGGAAAAAAUGUUUCAUAGCUCUAGGAUGGUUGUGUUUACUCCACUGGAUGCCUGCAAGUUUGAACUAAUGAGAUUUCGGACUGUUUUUUCUGAGAAGACUCUGCCUUUUACCCUCAGGACUGCAGUUUGUGUCCGUGGAGCUGAAGUUCAGCUACAAAGUUGGUUGGUUAUGUCCACUGGUUUCUCUUCAAAUCGGGACAAUUUAUCGCAAGUGCCCUGUGAAAAUGUUACCAUUCGACAUCCUGUCCCUGCUGAGUGGGUAAAUUAUUUCCGUAGGGACAGCAUGCUUGGUGAAAGGUCACUGAAAGCCAAAAUCAACAGGGAAGCAAGCUUCGGCUCACCCGGCCUAUCUGGGUCAGAACCAGCCAUGAGAGUUACGCUGGGAACAGCAAAGUAUGAAAAUGCUUACAAUGCUGUUGUAUGGAGGAUUAACAGGCUGCCUGAUAAAAACUCAGGCUGGAAUCAUCCCCACUGCUUCUACUGUCACCUGGAGCUGGGCUCAGACAGGGAGAUUCCGCAGAGUUUUGUUCCCUAUGUAGAGGUAGAAUUUGACAUGCCAGCAGCCUCAGCAUCAAAAGUGGCUGUACGAUCAUUAUCUGUGGAGGAAAAUAACAGUGUCAAGAAGUGGGUUAAUUACUCAGCCCAUUACUUUUACAAGGUGGAAAUAGAGCAGAAAAAAACACUGAACCAGAACAUGGAAGGAGAUGAUGUGGAAAAGCCAAGUGAAUGUUCUUUCCUGUUGGAAAUGGCGGCCUCGGCUAACGCAAACCCCGUGCCUAAAUUGUACAGAUCUGUGAUUGAAGAUGUUAUCAAUGAUGUAAGGGAACUUUUUCUGGAUGAGGGAGUUGAUGAGCAAGUCUUAAUGGAGCUGAAAACACUUUGGGAAAGCAAGCUGAUGCAGUCUAAAGCAGUUGAUGGUUUUCACUCUGAGGAACAGCAACUUCUACUGCAGGCUCAACAACAGCAACAUCCUCAGCAUCAUCAUGUAUCGCAGCACCCUCAGCAGCAACAGGCAGCAUCUCACCAGACACAGACUCAGCAGGUUCUCAUCCCCGCCACACACCAAGCUCCCCAGCAGCAAGUCCUUGUACAAGAUUCUAAGUUGAUUCAGCAUAUGACAACACAAGGAAUGAGUGCUGCAGCUACAGCCGCCACCCUGGCACUUCCUGCUGGUGUUACACCAGUUCAGCAGCUGAUCACAAACUCUGGCCAACUAUUGCAGGUGGUAAGGGCAGCAAAUGGUGCUCAGUAUCUUAUCCAGCCUCAGCAGUCCAUGGUGUUGCAGCAGCAAGUAAUUCCACAGAUGCAGCCAGGUGGAGUUCAAGCUCCUGUUAUUCAACAGGUGUUAGCUCCGAUUCCAGGAGGCCUCUCCCAACAGACCGGAGUCAUUAUACAGCCACAACAGAUCUUGUUUACAGGAAACAAGACUCAAGUUAUACCCACUACUAUGUCUGCUCCUCAAGCACCAACACAGGGACAGCUUACUGUGACAAGUCAGCAGCAGCAACAAGGUCAGCAGCAGCAGGUUGUCCUGCAGGUUGAUGGUGCUGGGGACACAUCCUCUGAGGAGGAUGAAGAUGAGGAUGAAGACUAUGAUGAUGAGGAAGAGGAGGACAAGGAGAAAGAUGGAGAAGAUGGUCAAGUGGAAGAGGAACCACUCAACAGUGAAGAUGAUGUAAGCGAUGAGGAAGGGCAGGAGCUCUUUGAUACAGAGAAUGUUGUAGUUUGCCAGUAUGAUAAGAUCCACAGAAGUAAAAACAAAUGGAAAUUUCAUCUUAAAGAUGGCAUCAUGAACCUGAAUGGGCGAGAUUUUGUCUUCUCCAAAGCCAUUGGGGAUGCAGAAUGGUGAAGAUGCACCAGCUUUUGAUAAAUCAAAUGAAAGAGCUUUAGGGGAUUUUCUGGAUGAACGCAAGGGGAUAGACCUAAAUUAUGCAGAUUGCCUCCUUUUAUUCAUCCCAGGGCCUGACUGGAGCAAAAUGUCCAGUUCCCCAGUGGAGCAUCAGAGGGAAAUGUGGAUCAUAUUGCCAACUUAAAGGAUGUGUUAAAUCACCCAAGAUGGCUUGGUAGGGGCAAUAUGAACUUGGCACUGACUAUAGUGGACAAAGCUGCCAAUUCCAGCAAUGGCUUUAGUGUGUAACUUGCUCACUUAAACCUCUGCAGACUUCAAUCUCCUUUGCUACGCAAAUUCAGCAGGCAUUGAGCAGCCAUACUCUACAGCUAUACUAACAUCUGCUCGGAGUACACAGUUGCUAUAUUUUAAUAGUGCUGUUGAGUUUAUUCUGGACAAACUUACCAUGUCUCCUGGUUAAUUUUUGGCCAUUCUUAGAACCACUUCCCUUUCAAUGACAGUAUAUUAAGCUUCAGUCUUAGUGUUUAGCACUGAUGAUCCCAAAAUCCUCCAUUUUUUUUUUUCAACUGUUCAACAUUAAGGUCUUUAAAUACAUUUGUCUAAGACAUACCCUUCAGUUCAUUGGAUAUGCAUUGAGUGGGCAGGUAUAUUCCAUAACAGGCAGUGUUCUUACACUGCUGUAAUGAUUAAGUGCAAGGUGGAACAUCCAUUAAGAUUGGUCCCAUAUCUGCUUACCAUUUAAUGUGCCGUUUUUAGUUUCCAUUGUAGUCAAAAUGGCAGUGCCUCUUGAUGCCUGUUUAGCUUUGACUACUUGAAUUAGGUACUGCCUGUGCUUUAAUGAAUCCUCAACUGGCUUGUUUUCUAGCUUAAUUUGCCACAAUGAGUAUUGCCUCAUUUACCUGUUAUACAAAAAUUGCUUCCUAUUUAUGUUUAAGUUGAAAUGGAUCAAGACACCUAAAUGUAAAUUAAUUUGUGUUCUUUGUGGUUAAUGCACUGCUGGCACUUGUUGGGACACUUGGCUGUAAAGGCCCUUCUAUAAGAUUUUUACACAGAAGUGGCUGCAUAUAUCUGUAGUGCAUUGCAACCUUACAAAAUUUAAUAACACCAUUAAAAUUAACAGGAAUGACUUUAAGAAUGGUUUAAAUCAAGAAUUGCUCAAACUGCCUUGCAAUUAGUGCCUAAAUCCAUACAAACUUUGCAUUUGAACUAGCUCUAAAUAACCCUCUGGUUACCAUAAAUCAGUUGUAUGGUUACUUUAGCAAUCCUGCAGUGGAAAUGCACCUUCAUUCUAUGGGUGAUGUCUGGUUCUGUCAUUAUGGUGGUUAUAUGUAGCUUGAUUAGGAGGCAGUUAAAGGGUUUGUACAACAAAACAACUGGCCUGCAAAAUGGGACCAAAGGUGCAUCUGUUAAUGUGCCUUAAACUGAGACUGGAUACCUUUUUAUUCUGUAGGAACUGUGCUCCCAGAAUCCCUUGCACAGUGAGCAAUAUCCUACUGGUCUAUCUUGCAGCUCAGACUUUGCCGUAAUGACGCCCAAAGACUUUCCAUGUUAACUUGUACCUGUGUUUUGGGAGAAAGAAUGGAGCAGCUUUAAGUUUGCUAAGUGUGAACGACUGUACGUAGUGCUGCUCCUGUGUGAAUCAGGGUGUUCCUAGAUUUGGGUUUUAUAUUGGUCUAUGGGAACUCUUGCGCUACUGUUAACUGCUGUUGUACAUACAGUUGUAUGGAAGGGCGGACAAAUCUAUUUAUUAUGUUUGUAAAAUUCUGUAAAAUUGCAGAUAAAGUUUGCUUUUUUGUCUUAAUGAAUAUUAUGUUUUUAAAUGCCAUGCUUAGGAUUGGGUUAGAAACUGUUGAUCUAUUUUAAGUUUUAAUAUUUUACCUUUGCAAAAAACUUUAAUUAAAGUUAUUUUAAAAAUGA